AUGGAAGAGAGUGCGCGUGAGCCGAGAGGCACGAAGCGUCGCCGAAGCAACAGCAGUAGCAGCAGUAGCAGCAGUUCCGCCACCGCACCGGGCGGCUCGCGAUCUCGAAGCUCCCAGCCGGAAUGUUCCGGAGAGCUGCUCCGCCUGUUGGGCACAGCGGCGGAGGCAAACAACGCAGACGAAAUCACAGCGUUGGCGGCAAGGGGGGUCGACGUAUCUGCCCCCUCCGGCGCCGGCGGCCUCUCCGCCCUGCACCGGGCGACUCUCUCGGGUAGCACGGACGCCCUUCGCACGGAACGAUUGGACAUCGGUGAUCGGUCCUGUGGGAACAAUGCUCCGUCCUCUCGAGGACGCGUGGUCAAUGGUCUAACCGCUAAGCUUCUAGAGGCCGGGGCGGACCCCGACGCCGCGGAGACCGAUGGCGGGCGAACGGCGCUCCACUUCGCCGCCCUCCGGUCCGACCUAGCGGCGGUACAAGCCCUCGUGGCCGCGGGGGCCGCCAAGGAGGCCUGCGACCUCGACGGCCGCACCCCUCUCCUCCUCUCCUGCAUCGUGCAGUGCCCGUCUGCGCCGGCCACAACCACCCCGUUGUGCCUCCUGAGGGCCGGGGCCGUUGCGACGGCGGCGGACGCGCAGGGCACGACGGCGCUGGACAUCGCCGUGCGGUACGGCCGCGCGGAGAUCGUCCGGGAGAUCUUCUCCCGGAGGGAGGGAGCGCCUCGCCCGAUCUCCGGUAAUCUGGGGCUCUUGUACCAGGCCGUGAGGGGAGGGGACGCCGGGAUCGUGGCUUGCCUGGUGAACAACGGGUGGGAGGGCGGGGUUCCCGUCGUUACCGCUUCCCUCCAGCCGCCGCCGCCGCCGCCGGUGGCGGUCCCGCCGUCGUUGCGGUCGAGAGAGACGUCCGGUGCGCCGGUGCCAUCGCCCGUCGGUCGGAAGGGUGCGGCUGUUUCUUCACCGGCUGCCGUAGAUGCUGCUGGGUCGCCCGCGUCGGUGGCGGCGGUGCGAGAGACGCUGUCGCCGCUCAUGCUGGCGGCGGACAGCGGGCGGGUGGACGUGGUCAGGGCUCUCCUGCGCGGGCGGCACGGGGGAUUCCCGAACGCGGGCGACACGCGCGGCUACACGGCGCUGCACUUCGCCACGAUGCGGGGGUCGGUGGGCAUCGCGGAGGCGCUCCUCCAGGGAGCCGCGGGUUUCCGCAAGGGCGCGGGAGGCGGGGAGAACAACGGCAACGGCGACGACACCGCCCUGCACGUGGCCGUGGCGACUCGGCGGAUCGGCGUCGGACAGGCUCUGCUUCGCGCCGGAGCGUCCGUCGGGAUCGCUAACGGGCUCGGGCACACGGCGCUCCAUUUCGCGGCGGCGUUGGGGCUCUCGGGGUUCGCGAAGGAGCUGCUGGACAGGGGGGCGGACGUAGCGGCGGUGGACGGGACGGAGUCUUCCUCUUCCGCCAAUGCUGCUGGUGCUUCUGGUGGUGGUGGUGGGGGUGGUGUUAUCGUUAGCUCCGCGGGCGGGAGGAACGCCAGAGACAAGCCGGGAGGCGACAGGAGGGCCAAGAUCGCCGCGGCGGUGAGGGUCACCACCACCGAGGCGCCCAGGAGAAGAAGCAGCAACGCCACCUCUACCCCGUCGGCGGCGGCCGCCGCCGCCGCUUCCCCUAACGCGGGCAGGGGCCGCUGCACCAGGGUAUCCGCCGCCGCCCUCGCCACGUCUCUGGCGAGCCCACUGUCGAAGAAGCCAAGCCAAAAGAGAAGGGCUAGCACCGGCACCGCCGCCACCGUCCGAAGGGGCGUCGCGAGUCCUAACAGAAGGAAGGAAGGCCGCACGCCCUUGCACUUCGCCGCCAUGAACGGCAGGGUGGGGGCGGCGAGAGUGCUCCUGGCGGCGGGCGCGCCGCCGGCGCAUCGGCGGAACCGGAAGCGGGAGUCCCCGCUGUUCCUGGCGGCGAGGGGUGGACACGCGGAGGUGGUGGAGCUGCUGCUCGAGGCGCUGCGACCCGGGACCCACGUGGACGCGGCGACGGCGGCGGGAGAGACGCCCCUCGGCGUGGCGUCCGCGAACGGCCACGACGAUGUUGUGGUACAGCUCCUUCGAAAAGGGGCCGCUGUUGUCGGCAGGGACGACAAGGCUCCGUGCCUCGACCUCGGCUGGGACGACAAGGCUCCGUCCCUCGACCUCACCAGCGUCUUGAAGACUCUCCUCAAGGAUAACCCUGCUGGCGCGGGCACGGCGCGCGUCCUCUCCGCCCCGCUCCACGCCGCCUGCCGCGGCGGCGGGCGAACAUUGGUGGAGGCGUUGCUCGAGAAAGGGGCCGAUGUCAACGCGUCCCAGGAUCCGGCCGGUGAGGAAGAAGGGAGGAGGAGGAUGCUGAGGCCGCUUCACGUGGCCGCGGCGCACGGGAACGCGGAGGCCGUGGGCGCGCUGACGCUCCAAGGGUGCCUGCUGGACGUCAAGACGCGGGAUCCUAGCGGGAGCACGCCGCUCGGGAUCGCUGUGCAGGAAGGCCACCUGGAGGCCGCCCGCGCGCUGGUCGACGCCGGCGCCGCCAUCGACGCGGUCCCCCGGGGGCAAGACGGGAAGGAGCGGGCGACGUCCCUCGCCCGGCUGGCGGCGGACAUGAGGCGCGGGGACAUGGUGGCCCUCAUGGCCAGGGCAAUCGUCGACCGCGACUCGUCGGAGACUUGGGCGAUAGAGUGGGCCGCUUCCAGGGGGUUUAGGGUCGGCGGUCUCAGUGCCGCUGCCGGCGCUGCCGGCGCUGCCGGCGCUGCCGGUGCUGUCGGCGCUGUCGGCGGGGCCGUUGUCGGAGCGGAGGAGGAGGAGGAGGCGGGGACGGUUGAGCCGGUAGCGGCAACGGUGUCAAGGAAUGCGCGAGCUGGCGCUGCCGGUGCCGUCGGCAGGGCCGUUGUGGGAGCGGAAGGGACGGGAGUGGGGAGGGUUGUUCAGGCAACGGUGUCUAGGAGUGAGCGGGCUCAGCGAAGGUCGUUCUUGAGCGAGGGGAAGGGCGGGGAGGAAGUGUUGGUGUUGGGAGAGGCUCGGAGGCUGGCGCCCGGACGUCGGGGUCCCCGGCAGCGUACGGGCCUCUGA